AUGUCUGCCCCACCAGUUCCAUACAGAGCAGAAUCGAAUUCCCAACAAUAUACUCCUUCAUUCCCUCCACCUGUCUAUUACAGGGAUACAUUUGGACUUGAACCAGUUGAAUAUUUACAGGGUGAUUGUAUAACAGAUUCAGAUGACGAAUCUGGAACUACAAAAUCUACUGUUCGUCACCACAACUUUGUCCGUAUUUUCCAUCCGGGGCCUUCUACUUCUUGUCAAACUAUAGAGCAUCGGCCAUCAUUGCCUUUCAGUCAAAUUCCCCGUCGAAAAUCAGGGUUUUCUACCACAACAAGUAAUCAUGCUACAAUACCUGAAGACCAAACUUCACAGCCUAGCACACUUCAGUCAAUGCAGAUGGAAGAAUUACUUUUAACAGACAAAAUUUUGUUUGUUCGUUAUGCCCGCCCUUUUCUUUGGUUAAGCACUGUACUUUUAGGUGUUGCUUUACAACUUUUAAUAUUUUCAAUUGUUUGUGUGUUUUUUGAUGGUUAUUGGGCUGGAAUUUGUAUUAGCAUUUUUCUUUUAAUUAAUUCUGUUUUGUUAAUUGUAUUUAUGCGUUAUAAACAAACUCGAAUAAUGAUUUGGAUUUGUAUGAUUUUUUCAACAAUAAGUGUCCUUUUAUCAAUUAUAUUAUUUACUCUUUGCACUUAUUUUACUUAUGAAGACAGUAUUAAAAGUUUUUCAAAUAAUGAUGAACAACAAAUUGUUUCAGCAGCUAAUGAUAAUAUUGAAUCGAAUAAAAUUGUACAAAAUGCAAGGUGUUUUAAAAUUAAAGAAAACUCUUUUAUUUGUGGAUGUGCUUGUUUAUUAAUACUUUUAAUUAAUUAUUCUGCUAAUAAUAUAGGCCAAGUUCACAAAGGUUUAUUUUUAAGCAGAACAGCUGGACAUCAAAAUGUACUUGUUCCAGUUAAACUUCGUCAGGUCGCUAAAAUUGAAAAUGGAGAAGUUAGGUCAGAAUAA